AUGAUGGAUACAAUUCAUAUUUCUUCUCCGGAGAAUUUUUUAUUGCCACCAAUCUGGGAUAAUGAUGAUGCUAUGUUUUUGCUGAUGCAACCUAUCAGGCGACCGAAACAUAUCGAUCCUGAAGCUUACAAUAAGAAAAUCAAAUUUUGGACAGAUCUUAUCGUGGAUUAUGCAAAACGACAGCGUGUUUCCGUGGUUAGCAUUCAAUCGUUGCAAACAGUAUUUUCACGUUACUUCUUGGAAGAAGGCAUACACAUGAGUCCACAGUGUCUACCGGAAGUGUUUACGUCCCUUAUGGAAUCUGGAAAACUAGAAUGUAUCGAAGAUUCCUCGAGCUUGGUUCAUACGAUACUAAAGACGAGCUUCAACUAUCUCAUAAAAGCUCCUCUAGACUGGACUUUUCGAAUUGCAUUUGGCACAUCCGGUAAACCCAGUGCUGGUAGUGGCACUAGUACUGUUACAUUGGACCCAGAACAGCAUUACGCAUUCACGGACCUGAGUGAAGAUCUAGCAUCUCAAUUUAUUGCUUACUUUGUGAAAAAGUACGAAAGUCAACGUCUGACUUUCCGGUUGCCUGUCUACGAGUUAUGCGAUUUUGAAAAAGGCUUAAUAGAAUUUUUCCCGCACGAUGCAACGCGUGAAUACAUCAAGAAACUUUGCACCGAUGUUUUCUGCUGUGUACGGUUCGAAUCAGUCUGUGAUUCAGAAGGAACUUGGAAAUCCCAGGUGGUGCGUGUGACCAAUGAUGUAGAUUGCCCAGUUCCAUCAAAAACAGCGGAUUACAAAACAGAACUGUCCAUUCUGGGUGGUUUAGCGCAUAUCCGCACGGUGAUCAGACAGCUUGAGGCUGAGGAGCAGAAAUUAACCACAGAAAUCGAAGAACGGCGCAAUCGGAUCAAAGCACUUAUGAAGCAAAAUCGGUGCGUUCUUCCUUUAAAAUGA